AUGCAACAUUGUGUGCCCGAGUCCAAGAACACUAGUUGUGUUUCGACUAUCAUGUGCUCGGCCAAAACACUGCUGAACCUCAGUGAAACGUUCUGGUUCGCCCAAAAAGCUGUCCUCUACCCUACCUCUCCGCUUUACGAUUCGGAACGCAAAGAACUAACAUCAGCGUGUGUUCGAGCACUGACCCGGGUGUUCCGGAUCUGUGACACUGACAACGACGGUUAUCUGUCCGAUCGCGAACUGGAGGCAUUCCAAUCUCGUUGCUUCUCCGUUCCGCUAACCUCGCAAUCGUUGCAGGAUGUAAAAAUGCUCGUCCGUCAAUCCUGUCCCGGCGGGAUGACUGUAAAUGGAAUCACCCAAAAAGGCUUCCUAUUCCUGCACCAGAUUUUUGUCCAGAAAGGACGCCAUGAAACCACCUGGACUGUGUUACGUCAGUUCGGUUACGAUAACCAACUCCGACUCUCUAGCGACUUCCUUUACCCAAAGUUUUUUGUCCCUUCAGAUUGCAGCACUGAAAUAUCUCUUCUAGGAUCCCAGUUCCUUUCCAUGCUGUUCACCAAAUACGAUUUGGAUCGCGACGGAUGCUUAUCGCCAGCAGAGCUCGCAGAACUUUUAGCCACAUGCCCGACGGACCAGUUGUCGAAAAUAUUUAGCCUAACGGAUUCUGUUACCACCAAUUCGACCGGUUGGAUCACACAACAGGGUUUCAUGGCCUUUUGGGCAUUAAUGGCAUACUUGGAGCCCACCAAGGUAUUGGAGUAUUUCGCUCAUCUCGGGUUCACAUAUUUUGCCGCGGGAUCGUUCUGGUCUGCCGUGGGGUCCCGCAUUCCACAGCAUCGCCCAGCUGAUAGUCCUUCAGAGAAUUCACUGUCUUCGGAUCUCACUCACUCUUACAAGGCAUCCACAGGACCAGUUGACCUUGAUAGCCUUCGUUCUUCCCCUCGAUCCGAACCGAGUCAUCCUGCUGGGCAUCUGAGUCGAAAUAGCCGAGACGCACUACUCCGUGGAUUAGUCAUCACCGCUGAAAAACGUUUGGAUUCCAUUCGACGGUCUACACAGCGAACUGUUUUCUAUUGUCGGGUCUAUGGUGCUCGGCAAGUCGGCAAGAGCUGCUUGUUACAAGGUUUAUUGGGCCGCCAUCUGCGUGGUUCCGGGGGUAUGGCCAUUGGUGGCAUUUCUGGAGUCCCCUCCAGUUGGUCGGCUGCUUGUGGGAUCCCUGUCUACGGUCAACCGCGAACGCUUCUUAUGCAUGAAAUUGGAUCGGCUGCUGGUGAGAAAAUGACAGCGGGUGAGGCGUUGUCUGCCGACGUAGCUUGUCUAGUAUAUGACGUUUCCAAUCCCGACUCGUUUCGUUACGUGGCGGACCUAUUUCUGAAUUACUAUCGUGGCACUCGUGUUCCCUGCCUUUUUGUUGGAGCCAAAUCGGAUCAACCUCAUGUUGUCCAGAAUUACCAAGUGGAUCCAGGUGAAUUGACACUGAAAUAUAAUUUGAGUCCACCGGAAUCCUUCUCCAGCAUACAUCUAGAGCAACAACUGAUCAUGUGUGGAUCUGUCCCGCAUAGACCUACUCCGGUCGAUUCUGUUAAUUCUUACUCGGAUUCUCCUCGCAAUCACGCCAGAUCCAACCGCCGUUCUGGAUCGGCUGAACCGUCAUAUACCACACCCGGAGGGUACAGUCGAGCUGCUGUUUCUAUUCCGAGGGAUCAUCGUUCACCUCUUCCUAUUGGCUUCGGAGCAGUUGAACGAGAUGCGGAUCCAUCUGGCUCCGACCCACUGACACCGAUGCGACAAAGGCGCCAUUCUCGACCGGAUAUGAUACAACGAGCGCCUAGUAGCCAGCGUGCGGAGGAAAACAAGUUUGCUCCUGUCUACAUUACUCUGUGCACACUAGCCAACUACCCACACCUGCGCGGAUUACAACUUGCUCCGACAGAUCACGCGUGGAAGUGGACUUUGGCUGCGACUAUUCUGGCUGGCUUUGGUUUCGUCGCUUUUCGCAUUGCUAAAACGCAUUUUUAAAUCACUACCGUCAGCAAUUCCUACGGAAAUGCGCCUUAUUGAUAUGUGGAGAAACAACACGCUCCUGUUGUAUCGGACUCCCUUUGGCUGUGAUUCAGCCCUUCCUCAGUCUAUCCACCCUGUCUUCGUCCACUUCUAAUCUAUUACAUGGUCGCUACUUUUGUGGACGGCGACACGCUUGUUUUUAAACGGAUUGCGAAGAUUGUACAUGACCUGUUCGUUUUAUCAAAAUGCAAUCGUCACUUCUAGAGUAUUUUA